UCUGUCAAACGAAUUGGCCGAAAAUCCAUUUCUUUUAGCUAAAUAAGAAAAAAUCAGCCUAAAUAAUAGAGUUACAGUCGAGAAUUUUUAUUUUUAUAAAUUUAGCCUGAAAAAGAUGAUCCAAAUAGUACUCAUUAGUCAUUAGUAUCACGAACAAGUUUUCUGGAAAAAAAUUAGGGCAUACAGAGAUAGCAAACAAUAAUCAGAUGACGAGAAUCUCUCUGCUUCGUUACUCUUCCAAUGGUAUUAUUCCCUUUAUCUCUUUUUCACCUUCUUCUUCGGCAAUUGCAAUCAGAUUUUAUUCUUCAUAUAAUAGCAAUACAUUCAGUUUUGAGAACGUCAAGUGUUCAGAUGAUGCUCUGACUCUCUUCCAUCGAAUGGUAAGAACGCAGCCUCUUCCUUCUGUUUCUUGCUUGGCGAAAUUAUUAAAGACUAUGGUAAAUAUGAAGCAUUACUCUGCUGUUCUUUCACUUGUUCGAGAAAUGCUGAAAUUGAACAUCCCAAUUAAUAAUUUCAUCUUGAAUAUAGUGAUCAACAAUUAUUGCCUAAUGCAUCGUUCUGACUGCGGAUUUUCAAUGUUAGCCAUUUACUUGAAGAGUGGCAUUCCAUUUGAUGUUGUCACCUUUAACACCUUAUUAAGGGGACUCUUUGCUGAAAAUAAGAUCAAAGACGCAGUUAACUUGUUCAAAAAGUUGGUGAGACAGGAUAUUUGUGAGCCUAACGUAUUCAUGUAUUCGAUUGUCAUGAAUGGGCUUAGCAAAAGGGGCCAUACUCAAAAAGCUUUAGGUUUGCUACGAGUAAUGGAACAAGGAAGCAUUAAGCCCAACGCAUACAUCUAUAACAUUGUUAUAGAUGCCCUUUGCAAAGAUAGAAUGUUAGAUGCUGCAAUUAGCCUUUUUGAAGAGAUGAAAGAAAUGGGCAUUCCUCCGGACAUUGUCACAUAUAAUUCAUUGAUUGAUGGUCUCUGUAAGUUUGGUCAGUGGGAAAAGGUUAGAACUUUGUUCUCUGAAAUGGUAAACCUUAAUAUUUAUCCAGAUGUUUGCACCUUGACCAUAGUGACAGAUGGAUUAUGCAAAGAAGGGAAAGUUGAAGAUGCUGAGGAGGUAAUGAGACACAUGAUCGCAAAAGGUGUAGAGCCUAAUGUGGUCACCUACAAUGUGAUAAUUGAUGGAUAUUGCUUGCGCGGUCAAAUGGAUAGAGCAAGGAGACUUUUCGAUUCCAUGAUAGAUAAGAGCAUUGAGCCUACCAUUAUUAGCUAUACCAUAUUAAUAAAUGGAUACUGUAAGAAAAAGAAAUUAGAUGAGGCCAUGCAUUUGUUUCAUGAUAUUUCUCGAAAUGGAUUGAAACUUAGCAUUGUUACCUGCAGUACUAUCUUGAAAGGUCUAUUUGAUGCUGGAAGAGCUAACAUUGUGGAAAAAUUCUUUGCUGAUAUGCUUUCUGUGGGGCUUAUACCUGAUUUAUGCACUAAUCGCAUUUUGCUCCGUGGUUAUUUUCAGAAUGGACUUGUUGAAAAAGCUAUGUCUCUAUUUUAUGAGUUGGAAAGAAAGAGAGAAGAUACUGAUAUUGAACUUUACACUGUUAUUAUUGAUGGAUUGUGCAAAAAUGGUCAGCUCGACAAAGCUCGUGCUAUUUUUGAGAAGCUUCCUUUGAUUGGAUUGUUUCCCGAUGUGAUUACAUACACUACUAUAAUAAAUGGACUAUGUCUAGAAGGGUUGUUGGAUGAAGCUAAAUAUAUGCUAAGAAAAAUGGAGCACAAUGGUUGUUCGCCAAACAACUGCACUUACAAUGUUAUUGUGCAAGGAUUUCUCAAGUUUGACAAAAUUAGUGAAAUGAACACUUUUUUGAAGGAAAUGAGUGGAAGGGACUUCUCGUUUGAUGCAAGAACAGUAGAGUUACUAAUAGACGUUUUAGCAAAGGAUCCUUUUUUGCUUAACAUGAUACCACAGUUUCACUCGGGAAGUUAGAAGUAAAGAUUUAUUUCACUUGUUAUCAAUAUGAUGUAAUUUCCUUUUACCUUUGCCAAAGAAAUCGCAUCCAAUGGAGUGUCAGAAGGUGAAAGCACGACAAUUAGAACAUUGCUUAAGCUUUCCAAGCUAGCUUAUUUAAGAGAGCUGACGUGACGCCAUUGAGAACUCCAGAUCAGCUGAGAAGCUAAUUUUCGUGUUAUGCGAGAGAGUGAAUUAUGGUUCUGGCAUUCAUCCUGGAUUUACGACAUCCUGGAUUCCAUCCACCAAUGAAAUUGCUGACAGAAUCGAGAAGAUGCUUGCAGGAUACCAAUAUACUAUGGUUUAACCCUGAUUGUGGCCUCAAGACUCGCAAGUAUACUGAAGUUAAGCCGUGCUCUCACUGCUCUGAGCAGUGGCUGGUGAAUUGUUCAAUGGUCCUCCUGGAGCAUAUUGGACUGCAGAGGAAGCAGAAGAUUCUGUUGCACAUCUUGCAUUAAUGACACUGGCAACAGUUUCCUUGCAAGAGAAAAUCAAGAAGCAUUUAUCACCUUUUUCCAAAUUCAUUCUUCCUACUCAAGUGUAGAAAUUGAAGGAGAAGUUUUUCAUGUGGAUGCUGCAAAGUCCAAGAAAUAGGCAGAAGAAAUGCUGCCAAGGUCGCUUAUAUAGCUUUAACAAAACAACAACAACAACACAACCCAGUAUAGCUUUAACAAAAUUUUCAGGCAACUAAAUCUCCAAAACAGUCCAUUGGUGCUGAAAAAGUUACUGCAUCUUUUGAGGAGUUCUAGCAGUUCUAAAUUACAAGAAAUGUCACAGAUGUCUUGGAUUUGAAAAUCUUGUCAUAUUUUAGUUGACUAAAUGACAUGCCCGCGUAUUCUUCUUUCUUAACUGCUGCAUUGACGGUUACAGGCCUGAGAUGAAGAGGAGAUGGCUCAAUCUGAACAUACCUCUCCACAAUCCAUAGGUGCUGAAAAGUUAAUGCAUCUCCAAUUUUGCGGACGUGCAAGAGCUCACUUUAAAUGAGAAGUCUUCAGUGAAAUCAUUGUGCCAUUUGCCUAGAGAAACUAUGCCAUCAGCUGAAAUGACACCAUCUUGUACCCCUAUAGUCUCGAACGCAAAUUCUAGUGCGAGGAAGAUUUCAGAAACUGAAAGUUACAAAUCCAGUCCGGUCUUCUCCAUGGGUACUGUUGUGCUUCCUAUUGGUGAAGAUAAGUGGUUUGCUGUACAACUUCUUGUUGUUCUAAUUUUGUUAUAGAAAAAUCAUUUUUUCUCUUCUUUCUUUUCAUUCUUUUUCACUCUUGAAGUUUGUUUAACUCUGUCUAUAUGAAAAGCAUAGUAUGUCCCAGCCCCCAGGUCCGGAUAAAAAAUUAGGAUUCUCAGCAUGUGACGAAUCCUCUGAAUUUAUUAGGAGAGUGGAAUGGAUACAGAGAAUUCAAAUUAGCAUCUUCAAUUAGUUUGUGAUUGAAGAAUUCUUGAUUGGUUGAUUGAUUGACACCUGAAGUUUGUUUUAAAUAAAGGGUGUGGAGAAUUCAAUCUCUCUCUAUAGUAUGUUAUGCACUCAUGUUCCCUUCUUGUAUAGUUUCAAGAAGACAGUGAUACUUCCUUAACGCGUGCAACUCCAUAUGAAUAUGAAUUGUUUAAAAUGUGAAGUCCGUGAGCAACUAAGAACAAAUGAUUGACUCGAUCACAUUUAACUCCUCGCGUAUCUUGCUUUUUUUUUUGUCUAGGAUUAUUGGAACUAUAUAGUUUGGCUCGCUGAUGAUACAUUAUUGUUUAGGAGAAAGCUAAGUUGCACGGACUCUUCGUUUUUGGUGCCGCACCCGUCUCGACAUGGGACGGGAGCGGGAUAUGUCCCGGAUUCGGUCAACUAACUUUGGAUACUUUGACCGGAGGCCAUCGAAAAAUUUGGGGGGAACUUGAGAUUUUGAUUUCGCAAAAUUAAAAAUAAAACAGAUUUAAGACAUGGGAAAUGGCGUACCUUCAAUAUUGUAGUACUUUUGUCUUAUAUUUUGUGAGAAUGCAUGGUAGAAAAAUGUACUAUUAACAAUGAUACAAUAAGCCCUAUAUAUAAUACAUAUUCUACUCCUACUACAUAUGGGACUAAGACUUAUUCCACUCGUACUACUUAUGGGACUAGGACUUAUUCCACUCGUACAACUUAUGGGACUAGGACAUAUUUUACUCCUACUACAUAUGGGACGAGGACUAUUUACACAUAACUAUCUAACACUCCCCCUCAAGCCGGUGCAUACAAAUCAUAUGUACCGAGCUUGUUACAUAUGUAAUUAAUACGAGGACCAAUGAGUGACUUUGUGAAAAUAUUUGCAAGCUGAUCAUUCGACAUACAAGGCUGCUAGACUCCCCCUGAUAACAAAACCAAGUGGUUGCUGAUAAGCAGAAGUUGGCUGAAAGGCCGCCGGAAAAAUUACAAAAUAGGUUCUAAAACACCACCAGGAAAAACUUUUCUGGAAAUUACUGUUCACGCCGGAAAAAAUAAAAGUUGUCAGAAUUUGAUGUAAUCUAUAUGGGUAGGCUCGGAAUCACUGGACGAGUAAGUUGUCCUUAAGAAGUUUUGCCAGAAAGUGGCUGGAAUGGCUCACACAUGCCGGAAAAGUUAUUGUAGCUUGUCGGAACCCUAGUUCUGGCGGCGCGUGAGGGACUUUCUGCCGGAGCAAUUGACUGGGGUUUUGUCACCCUACUUUUCCGAAUAAGAUGGUAGUAUUGGUUUCCGCACAACACUUACCGAUGAGGAGAUAACGCAAAUCACUCUUGAGUCGUCAACCGGAAAGACGCACGGUGACUGACUUUUCUAUUUCGAUGGAACUGCAAUUUCUAGGGUUUGGUCGCACUAGGGUUUCGGAUUUGGUGGUGGUACUGGUAUAUGCGCAGUACCACUGUUGCAAUGAUGAACCCCGGAAACAAGACAAAGUUGCCGGAAAAUUGCACGGCGAUGAGAUCUUUCUUCCCGGAUGUCGUUGUAAUGAUGCACAACGAUAAUUUUCUCACUGAAGCUCUGAUACCAUGUGAGAAUGCAUGGGAGAAAAAUCUACUAUUAUCAAUGAUACAAUGACAUAUUUUACUCCUACUACAUAUGGGACUAGGACUAUUUACACAUAACUAUCUAACAUAUUUGUUGCUUUGUGUUUCAGAAAAACCAAGAAUUCAAGGGGUCGUAUUCUGAGUUCGGACUUUUGGUAGGCAGUAGCAGCGAUAUAGAUGGAGAGUUGGUGGAAGACUUUGAAUGGCUUUCUUUUUCUCUUUAUAGCUCUAUUUUUUUAUAAUUUUGAAUUUUUUAGCCAAAUCCCCACAUCCGGAUCCGCACCCCCGAAUCUUAAAAUUUAGAUUUUUUCGAAUCCAACACUCGGAUCCGUGCCCGUAUCGGAUGCCCGCACCCGAGUCCGAGUAACUUAGGGAGAAAGAGCUGUAGAUUAAUGGUACCUUCUCAAAAAAAAGGUGCUACAGAUUAAACACUAAUUUUUUACAGAUGAAACAAGUAUUGUUCUUCAUACAUCGCCACAGUACAUAAGGGCUGAAAAGCUUAAUGCGUCCUCAAUUUUGCGGGGGCAUGAAAUGAGAAAUCACCUUCUUCAUCCUCGAGAAACUAUAUCAUUAACUGAAAUGAAAACAUCCGAUUCAUCUUCCGGCUCGAAUGCAAAUUCUAGUGCGACAAAGUCUGAAGAUUUUGAUAAGUUGUAUACCAAUUAUUUGUUGAUCUGAACUUGUUGAUAAGUUGUGUACCAAUCAUCUUAUCAGCAGUAAGCGUUCUGCUCUUUCUACUCGAGACCAAGGAGCGUGAACUUGUUGAUCAUGUCUCUUUGUGGAAAGUUGUAUACCAAUUAUCUGUUGUGUUGAUAUAAUUUGUUGAAGAUGCAGCUCUCUAAGUCAUGUUGGUACUAUUCAUGUUAUAAUUACGUGUAAAGGUGACUUCAACUUAAUUUCUUUUUCUGCUGCGUUUUGUGGGAAUUACACCUUUGUUUACAAAAUUAUUGUGAAUUUAACUUCUGUAAGCCAUCAUAACUUGAUGACUUAAACAAUAGGUGAGUAGUAUAAACUGUAGUAAUUUUAAUUUGGUAAUCUAAGGAAUGAAGUAAAUAAAAUGUUAUAACUGGUUAAAAUUUACUGGUAGUGUAAAGUCUUCUUGUACUAUCAAUAUAUACAAAUUAAAUCAUUCAUCGAGCCAAUGCAUUUCCUUUCUCUUGCCUGUGAGAUCAUUGUUCGGAUUUACAUAGUAUUGAGGCAUUCACUUACCACAAUUACAGUAAUUAGCAACAAACAUGAAAACUAAGACUUGAUGGUACAGAGCAAAAACUCAGAUGCAAUAAUACUGGGAGGGGAAAAUGUACGACCAAAAACAGUACAAUACCAUAUGAAUUUGACCAUAGCUAUUCUAUAUGUUUUGCGUAUGCUCUCUUGUCACCGGUUGCAUACAACAGCUCUAUUGGCUCAAUAGAUUUCCCAGCAUCUCAUAGGAAAUCAUAUUUGAGGAAACUAAAAGUUACUUGUAUUUGAAGGCAAAACACCAAGAAAGUCUCAGUUGAUCUUAGGCUUGCUCUUCUAGGCUUUAGCACAAGCCAAAGAAAAAAGAAAACAACUAGGAAAGCAGGUAUCAUGUAUUGUCAUGUCAAA